AUGGCUCUGAUGGUUCCGGUGGUUCUGAUGGCUCUGAUGGUUCUGGCUCUGAUGGCUCUGAUGGUUCUGGUGGUUCUGAUGGUUCUGAUGGUUCUGAUGGCUCUGAUGGCUCUGGUGGUUCUGAUGGUUCUGAUGGCUCCGAUGGCUCCGAUGGUUCUGAUGGCUCCGAUGGUUCUGGUGGUUCUGAUGGUUCUGAUGAGCAACACCUGGUUUGUCCUCCUCAGGUUCUUCCGGGGUGACUACACGGUGGAGGUGGCGAUCAACGACUACCUGGACAUCUACUGUCCUCACUACGAGGGGGCGGAGUCAGCGGAGCACAUGGAGCACUACGUAUUGUACAUGGUGAACUAUGACGGCUACAUGACCUGCAACCACUACAGGAACGGCUUCAAACGGUGGGAGUGCAACCGGCCGCAGAGUCCCAACGGACCGCUCAAGUUCUCCGAGAAGUUCCAGCUCUUCACGCCCUUCAGCCUGGGCUUUGAGUUCAGGCCGGGACACGAGUACUACUACAUCUCGUCUCCACAUCCGAACCUGGCUGGGAAACCUUGUCUGAAACUCAAAAUCUACGUCAAACCAUCCAACGACUCCAUCUACGAGUCUCCGGAGCCGUUCCUGACCGACGACACCACCGGCGGCGGCAGCGGCCUCGCUCUGCCCUCCGCCGUCACGUUGCUGGCCCUGCUCCUCAUCCUCGAACUCGCCUCCUCGUAGCACCACCUCCUCCUCCUCCAAUCCGCUCCCUGACCUCCACCCCUCUUCAGGACACAGAUCAGGAGCAGCGGAUCGACUCCACUUGGGAGUUCCUGCAAAUAAAAACUGAACCAGAUCCACGAGCUGAGACUCCGCUGACCCCACGUUCAAACGCCCGCCUGGAUUAAACCAGUUCUCACCUGAACGCCGUUCAGCUUCUGGGAUUUAGACUUAAGUUAUUAUGAGUAGGGACUUUUAACGCUUUAAUGGAAGCAGAACCUGAAGGCCACGUUGGUGCUUUAACAUGUUCCUGAACGCAGCAGAGAGAUGGGAGGGGUCUAAAAAAUGUUUUUCAGAUUAAAAGUUCAAACAAAACUCAGUCGUGUCGUCGUUUGGACUCGUGCUGCUCCUUAGGGGUCAAAAAUUAUAAUCUGAUAAAAACUUUAAAGGCUUUUAAACAAAACAU